AUGUCGCCGGUGGGUUCACCGAGAUGGUGUCCGACGCCGGAGCAGCUGAUGAUAUUGGAGGAGAUGUACAGGGGAGGGGUGCGGACUCCCAACGCCUCUCAGAUACAGCAAAUCACAGCCCACCUCUCCUACUACGGCAAGAUUGAAGGCAAGAACGUUUUCUACUGGUUUCAGAACCACAAGGCGAGGGACAGGCAGAAGCUCAGGCGCAAACUCACGAAGCAACUCCACGCCCAACACCAAGCUUUGUGUCACCAGUACCACCACCACCACCACCUCCUCCCUCGCUGCUUCCCCACCACUACUCCUACUCCUACUCCUCCUGCUUCUUCUCCUGCUAAUAAUCACCCACAAUAUAGCAGCAGCACUUGUCAUCCACAUUGCAACGAUUCUGUUAGCUUUCAUCCACAGGGGAUCGUUGAAGAGAAUGCAUCAAUUCAAGCUACAGAAUGGGCGUGGAAAUUGAAUAUGCAGGAGGCUGCAGGUAGUUCUGCAUCAUCAGCUGGAGAAACAGAUCAGAGGUCCUGCAGGAUGAAGAUGUGCGGCAGUGAUUGGAUGAUGAUGAUGAUGUUGGACGUGGAGGGUCCUACCCGUAGUAGUACUCCUCCACCUGCAGGGUGCAAUAGACCCCUCAAAACCCUAGAACUCUUCCCUGUAUCGGCUCCCAGUCUCAAAGAAGGGUGCACCUCCUCCUCCUCCUCCUCCUGCUCCUCCACCCACCAUGCCUCCUCCAUCUACGGCACCCCCACCACCGAUAAUCCCAUAUAA